CCUCGUCGUCCCUGUUGCCAUUCCAAUUUGUCUCUCUACCUCUCCUGAACUUUGGGUUCAUCAGUGCAUAGUCUGAUUUAGAACAGCGCUUCACGAAUCCUCGCCCAAGAUGUCGGUUGAUACGUCGUCUCUGAUCUCACAAGCUGAGGGAGUGGUGUCUACCAACCCUGCGCAAGCGGAGGCGCUGUACCAGCAGGUGUUGGCUGCUUCGUCUGCCUCGUCAAGCAACACAGACCCAACCGUCCAAGCCCAAAUCCUACGCGACCAGGAAACGGCGUUGGUCAAACUUGGAGAACUGUAUCGGGACCAGAAGAAUGCAGCUGCGUUAUCCAAAGUGAUCACUCAAUCACGCGCGUUCAUGUCGUCCACGGCGAAGGCUAAGACUGCCAAACUCAUCCGAACACUCCUCGACUUCUUCACCUCCAUCCCGAACAGCCAAGACGUCCAAAAACAGACGCUCGUCGAUAAUAUUGCCUGGGCGAAAGCGGAGAAGAGGAUCUUUUUGAAGCAUAGUUUGGAGACGAGGUUGGCUGGGCUCUACCUCGACGCGCAGCAGUUCCGUCCGGCCCUGACGCUCGUCGACACCCUCCUCCAAGAACUUAAGCGUUUGGACGAUAAGCUUAUUCUGACGGAGGUGCAUUUACUUGAGAGCAAGAUUUAUCGCGGGACGGGGAAUUUGGCCAAGUCGAAGGCAGCCCUAACCUCCGCCCGCACAGCCGCGAACAGCAUCUACUGCCCGCCUCCUCUGCAAGCCGCGCUUGACCUGCAGUCUGGGAUUUUGCAUGCUGAAGAUAAGGAUUAUACGACGGCGUAUUCGUAUUUUUAUGAGGCGUUUGAGAAUCAGAGUUCCCAGGGGGAUAGCGGGGAAGGGGCACUCAGGAGUUUGAAGUAUAUGCUUUUGUGUAAGAUUAUGUUGAAUUUGCCCGAAGAUGUCACCUCCCUCCUCACCAUCAAGCUCGCCGCCAAGUAUGCCCAGCUGCGCGAUGUGGAGAGUAUGCGUGCCAUUGCGCGGGCGCACCAGAAUAGGAAUUUGGCGGAUUUUGAGAAGGCGUUGAGGGAGUAUAAGGAUGAACUCUCCUCGGACCCAACGAUCCGCUCGCACCUCGCGGCGCUGUACGACACGCUGCUGCAGCAGAACCUUCUCCGGAUUUUUGAGCCUUAUUCGGUGGUUGAGAUUGCGCAUGUGGCUGAGUUGGUGGGGCAGGAGAGGCAGGGUGUUGAAGCCAAACUCUCGCAGAUGAUCCUCGACAAAGUCUUCAACGGCGUUUUGGACCAAGGGCGAGGGUGUCUAUUGGUGUUUGAUCCUCAAGAGGUUGAUAACAUGUACGGUCCCGCGAUCGAAACGCUCGAAGAGGUGGGCAAGGUGGUGCAAUCGCUGUAUGCAAAGACUGUCAAGAUCGCAUAGGUUUCGGUCGUUCGCCUUUUUCGCUCGGUGUAUAAUUUUCAAGUGUACAUUCUACCGUUUUUUUUAUCUUCGUUCGUCGUGAAUGUAUUCUUCGUUCUGACUU